AUGGCAUUUAUAGAGUUUGCUAUCUAUGCAGGUAAAACUAAAGAGGUAAAAAGCUCGAAAAACAAAGAUCUGACAGACAGAGAAAGCACUUUUCCUCUCACGACUGAUUCAGAAAAAAUAAAUGAAAUCCGACCCCCAGUUUAUACUUUGGUUACCCUACUUCUGAGUGCUGGAGCAGACAUCAAUUUCGUAUCAAAAGACGGGGAAUCACCCUUAUAUAUGCUGCUUAAGUUACAUGACACAGGAUUGGUCAAUGUGAUUCUUCAACUUUUCAUUGAAAAGGGAGCAGAUCCUAAUAAGGGCAUAGCAGUGCCUAUAAUUUUAGCGGCUGAACUAAAUAGACAGAAGGCAAUGAAGAUGUUACUGGACGCCGGUGCAAUGGUUGAUAAAUUGAAUCAACAUGGUGAAACUGCACUUAUCACGUCUCUACGCGCUUUUAGUAAAAGUCUCGAGGUUAAAAACAUUGGAACUGUCAAAUUACUUCUUGAAUCUGGAGCUUCAUUUUAUUUGAAAGAUAAAGACGGAAAUAUUCCUCUGUCAUUGCCUUUUAUGUCGGAAAAACAUGCGUUGGACCUUAACCCUAAACGUGAUGCCAUUAUAAUGAAGAUGCUAUCAACACUACUUGAAAAGGGCACAUGCCCCAAUACGCAGCCAGAUGGCGAAGAUACUUCCUUAAUGUUAGCAGCUGAUAAUUGUCUUCCGGAAUGUGUCAAGCUGCUUCUAGAAUUCGGUGCACAUUCAUAUCAUAUAGGGAGGGAUGGAUUAACAGCUUUACAUAAAUGUAUCUCAGCAACAGGGUUUCUGCCUUGUAGAACCAGUCGUUACAGAACAACAGGCCUGCAUAAUUCUAUAUCUGGUGCAAUGUUAGAAAUAGAAAAGUUCGUAAAUUUAGAGGAUAAAAAGAAGACCGAAAAAAAUAGACUAAAAAUACUAGAAUUACUUUUAUUACAUCGCGCGCCUGUAAACAUUGACAAGGAGGGACACGAUUCACCUUUACUGCUUGCCAUACAAUAUGAAGAUAUUGAAUCAAUAAAAGCACUACUCAAAGCAGGAUCAAACCUUUCUCACAGAGGAGUGGAUAGGCUUAAUGCAUUCGAAAGAUGUCUGAAGUCAGGAUACAGUGGUGGCCUAACGAUAUUUGACAUUUUACUCGAGCAUCAAACACCAGAGAAAGAUAGCAUUGACAGCUUGUUUCACCUGUUAUGGGAAUACGUGAAAGAUAGGGAAAAAUUUAGAAAGCCUCUUCUUGAAGGCAUUUGUGUGAAGUUAUUGUCGACAGAUAUAGAAAUAGCGGUUGAUUUAGGCAAGCCAGAUGAGGAUUCUCCACUCAUCUAUUUUUGUCGGUUACAAUGUUUGGAAGUUGUAAGGAUGUUACUUGCAAGAAAAGCGGAUGUAAAUCAUAUUGGAUCGGAUGGGAAAACUGUCCUACACACUUUGAUUGAUAUGACUGGCAAAGAUUCGUCUGAUUUUCAGCAAAUGGUGGAAAUUAUUUUUAGCGCAAAACCAAAUUUUGACACAAAAGAUGAGUGUGACAAAUCACCAAUAGAAGAAUCUGCCUACAAAUAUAUUCAACAACAUUGUCAUUAUCAUUUAGAUCUUACAAAUAUUGGUGUGUUAGUACAACAUUUAUUAUACGUUGGAGCUAGUCUUCCUUCCAGUGAGUUGGACAAACUUUUGAAAAAAGCUGCAGAAAUUGGAGACUUUACGACAAUGGAAAGUGUUUGUCGUCAUGGAGCAAAUAAAUACAUGACAGACGAAAAUGAGAACAUGAUAUUACACAUAUGCUGGUCUAAGAAAUUAGAUGGAGCAUUGCAGUUUCUCGAAUACUACAAAGAAGAAGGUGGAUUUUUUAACAAAGUUAAUAAAGACGGUGAUUUACCAUUGUUUUUAUUAUUGAAUGAGCAUAUCAAACAAAGAGAUAAAAGUGAGAAAUUAGAGACUCAGACCGCCAAUAUAGCAGCAUACCUUAUGAAAAAUACUACUACUGAGGUUUUAGAUAAAGAUGGAAAUUCACCACUGCAUGUUGCGGCGAAAGCUGGUCUUGUCAAAAUAAUAGAGGCUCUAAUCUUAUGUGGUGCAACUUCUUGUAAGCAAAAUAAAAAAGGUCGUACAGCCCUUCAUGUUUGCUUGGAAAAACCGAAAUCUAAUAUAGCAGAAGUUGUCUCAAAACUAAUGGAUAGUGAAAAUCCACCAGUCGAACUUGAAGUAUCAGGUAGAACCCCUCUUUUCUUAGCGACAAAUCUUUACGAACGCUACUACAUGCACGACUACAACUGUACAAAAGAGAUGAUGACACUACAGUCGCGAGUAGUUGAGGUAUUAAUUCAACAUGGCGCUAAUCCGAACAGUCAUAACCGUAGUUAUAUUCCAUUGCUAUCAGCUGUAAAAGCAGGCGAUAUUGACACUGUGUCACUUCUUUUGGAAAAAGGAGCACUGGCUGAUAUUACUAAUGAAAAAGGACAAUCAGCAAUUCAUGUACUUUUCAGUGAAAUGCCACACAUCUCUAGAGAUGCUGAAAUGAUAUUAUUACAACUUCUUAUUGAUAAUGGAAUAAGUGUAAAUGCCACUGACGAUGAAGGAAAAUCUGCAUUAAUUGUUGCUGUUGAGCGCUAUGGAGAUCGAAAUAGGAACAGAAACCGAAUUUUAUCUCGAAAAUCAAAUCCUUCUUUUACAAAUAAUAUAAUCAACGAGUUACUUCGUCAUGGAGCUGAUGUCAAAGCAGUGGACAAGAGAGGUCGAACUGCACUUAACAUCUUUUGUCAAAAAGGGUCCACGAUGGAAAUCGGAAGAAAUCUUCUCCAGGCAGGGGCUGAUCCAUCUGUAGGAAAUUGUUUACAGUCAGUUUUACAUAACAGCGAGUUGUGCAAAAAAACGGAAUUAUUUUUGGAGCUCCUUCAUAAAGGAGCUAACCCAAAUAUUUAUUCUAGAGAUGGUUCUAACCUUAUUGAUGUUACUAAAAAGGGAACGACGCAACUAGUGGAGGAACUGUUGAGAUAUGGUGCAGAGGUCAAUGUUGUAGACUAUGGAAGAAAAAGUGCUCUUCACUACGCAUGUGCAUGUGACAUAGAGACACAAAAGGAGAGAAAUGAUAUUAUUCGUUUGCUGAUAAGCCAUGGGGCAAAGCUUAAUCUGAUUUCUUCAGAAUUCAGACGACCUUUAGAUUGCUUUAUAUAUCGAAUGAUUACAGAUAUCCGGGAGCUGGAAAUACUUCAUGAUGAAGUUCCAAGUCAUCAACAUUUGAAGAUAGAUUUGUCAUCAUUUAAUCAUCUUGUCCGAUGUGGUUGUGUUUUAGCUCCUAUUGAGGAUAUAGUCACUACAUACUUCCAUGAUGAAUAUCGCAUGGGAAUGGUUCCAGAUUUUCCAGAUGAAAUAUCGUCUCUUUUAUUCCUGAUUAAAAAUGGAAUGUUAACUGCUGCAACGUUUUUAAUACGAUGUGGGUGGGAAAUUGAAAUCGAGGAAUGGAUUGACAGUUUUGAUAUUAGUAAGCUGAAUGUGUCAACUGUACAACUGAAAUAUGGAAGAUGCAACAGGAUAAAUAUGGAAAAACCAAAAGCAGAUUUCGGGAACUUCUUGAAAACAUUCAGAAAAAGUACAAGAUCACUAUCAAUGCUUUGCAUAAAUAGUAUUAGAAAACAAAUGUUGUUUGCGUCGGGUGGAUCUGAAAUUGAAACUAAAAUUGAAGCACUACAAGUUCCAGAGAAAAUUAAGUCAUUUAUAAAUUUAACUGAAUUUAUGCAAGACGAGGAAAUCAUUAUGUUGGAGGAAACAGCGAGAGCACCACCACGAAAUCGUCUAGGCUUUGGUGCUAUGUCGUCAAUGAUGGAUUCGAAUACAUUUGAUUCAGCAUCAUAUGAUUAUUCUGCUUCGACUUACCCGUAUAAUGAUGAUGAUUUAUCAUUUGAAGACAUGAUUGAUCAACAGCUAAAUUUAAUGUAGUCUGAUAAAUUCAAAGAAGAUAAACAUUAAAAGAAUGUAUGUGUUAGCUUACCAAAUUG